AUGUCAGCUCCAGAUGCUUCCAAAGUAGUGGUGCUGAUCAGUGGGGGCAAUGCUGGUAUUGGCGUUGAGAUCGUCAAGAAAUUGGCCAACGAGUAUUCGACGAGCCAUCAGAUCCUCAUGGGCACACGUUCGUUGGAAAAGGGUGAGGCGGCGUGGAAAUUGCUGGGAUCACCUACGAAUGUCAGUCCCGUCCAGCUAGACAUCACCGACGACGCGUCCAUCGAACGUCUGUACCACCAUAUUGAAACCAGCUACGGCAAGUUGGACAUCCUCAUCAACAAUGCCGCAACGGCUGGUAGAGACCUGGGCGAGAUUGAAGGCGAAGGCUUUCGAGGUGUGGGAGUGUCCGUCCGUCAGGUCUACACACAUGUGUACAAUGUCAAUGUCAUAUCCACGGCGGCUUUGACCGAUCACCUUCUGCCACUGCUGGAAAAGGCCGAGCUGCCCAAAAUCAUAUUUGUUUCGUCGGGCAUCGGGUCAAUUGCUGGACUGGUUGAUGGAGAGGGACCGCCCUUUGAGUGUCCUUGGUACAGCAGUAGCAAGUCUGCCGUCAAUUACCUCGCCGUCUAUUAUGCCAAGUUGUACCCGAACUUGAAGUCCAAUGCCGUUUGCCCCGGAUUGAACGCAACAGGUCUGAAUGGGAUUCAACUGACUGAAGACACCAAUCCUCGCAAAGGAGCCAUCAGGGUGACGCAGCUUGUGGCUGAGGGCAGAGACGGUGUUUCGGGAACCUUUUCGAACAAAGAUGGCCCAAUGCGAUGGUGA